CUAUGAGAAACCUUGGAGAGGACCUAGGGGACCGAAAUCAAUGGAUGUCGAGCGGGUCUAACAUGAUACUGUGAAAGUUCAAUCCAUAGUGGAUCCAACACAACCGUGAGAGUCCAGUCCAAAGUGGAUCCAACACAGUAGCGAGAGACCCGUCCAUAGUGGAGCCAGAAGGAAACCAUCCCAAGCGGAGGCGGAUCAGCAGCGCAGAGAUGUCCCCAACCUAUACACAGGCGAGCGGUCCAUCCUGGGUCCCGACUCUGGACAGCCAGUACUUCAUCCAUGGCCACAGGACCGGAUCCCCUCCACAGGGGAGAGCAGGACAGAGGAGAAAAAGUAAAGAAGCGGCAGAUCAACUGGUCUAAAAAGGGGGUUUAUUUAAAGGCUAUAUAAUAUAUAUAUACCGUAUUUCCUUGAAUUGCCGCCGGGCAUAAAGUAUGCGCCUGCCUUGAAUUACUGCCGGGUCAAACUCUCUUCGCAAAAUAGUUAGCGCAUGCUUAUUAUUACCGCAUGGUCAAACUUGUGAUGUCACGAGUGACAUUUCCCCUGUCAUCAUUUUCAAAAUGGAGGAGGCUGAUUUCAGUAUCGGUAAUUUGAAAUUGCAUAAAGGGAAGAAGAUUAAAAGCUAUUCAGUAGGAUUUAAGGUUCAAGCUUACAUCACACUCAAAUUUUUACUGCAUGCCUUUGGUAAGUGCCGGAGUGAGAAGAGAUUUUAAAAUAAUUAGCGCAUGCUUGCCUUUACUGCAUGCCUUUGGUAAGCGCAGGAGUGAGAAGAGGUUUUAAAUUAAUUAGCGCCCCGGCGGAAAUUCAAGGAAAUACGGUAUAUACAUAUCAGCCUUCUUAGCUGAGCAAUAUUUUGGAGUUAAAAUGACAUUUUUCUCAGCUACAAAAGGGAAUAAGCGGUAAAAAAUGGAUGGAUGGAUGGAUGACAUUUUUCUGUGUAAACGUUGUCUAGUUUGGUUGCCUGGAGACGGCCUGAUGCCGUUUCCAUGGAUACCCGCCAAGCAACACCAGCUAGCCGAACAUUCUGGAACUUAGCGUGUUACCAUGUCCAAACAUCCCGAGAAGCCCAGCGUGCACUACAGCGUGCCAGAAUGGUGCGACAACAACAACCGCCUGUCCACCACCGCACAAAUUGAGCAGCAUCUCUCCAACGUAAUCCGCCAAGAAAGCAGGUCGCUGCGCAACGACACCAACUGCAAGACCACCUGGGACGAGAGUAACACUUCCAGCAGGUUGAGCGAUCGGAUCUGGGAGGUGACGAGGUGGAAGGAGCUGAUUGUCUCAUGUGCGCACAAAGUGGAUGAAGAGAUGGAGGCGCUGACGUUGUCUAAAACCCGGACAGAGGAGACCCUGGCUGCCACCGCCGUUCCCUUGGAGGUCAGCCUGGAGAGCCUGACCCUGAGGGAGGGCCGGCCUGGGCGAGAGCUGGUCAACGACCCCGUGGAGGAGCAGCUAAAACAAGAGGUGCAUGUGAUUGAAAACGUGCAGAAAGCUCUGCAGCAGCACAUUGACGAAGCCUUCGCCCAGCUCUGUAUUUUGCAGAAAAUUCGACAACAGCUGACAGCGGACCUCCAAAACAAGAUGGACACGCUGGAUAUUGAUGUAUCCUGUCUGGCGCUUAAAAUAACGUCCACGCAGAUCUCCCUCAAGCCCAAUCCUACUCGAAUACCUGCUGGCACCUGCACACCACAGGAGUGGGUCAAGUUCAGCCAGCUUAACUUGGCACGAGCCCAUGAGGCCAUGCGGAUGUCCCAGAAAAUGAGGGACGACAUGAGUCUCUCCCGAGUCAAUCUGAACAAUGAGCUAAAGAAGCAACAGAGCGCCACCGAGUUUGCACUUCGUAAGCGCAAUCACCAAGAGCAACAAGCUUCCAGUCAGCUCCAGUGGCAGCUGAAAAACACUGAAAAUGAGAUAACCGAGAUGGAAAACGACAUCUUCAGACUAGAUGCCGAUUUGCAGGCCAAAAUGGCCCCGAUGAAGUUGGCACACACCAGACUGGAGAACAGAACCUUCAGACCGGGCAUGGACCUGUGCAGGGAUCUGGCACAGCGUUCCCUUGUUGAUGAAGUCAAUCAGCUGCAGGCUACCAUUGCCACUUUGAAGAAGAAGCUCGCUGAAGCCCAGCACUCGUUACAGAGGCUGAAGCUCCAUCACCACCAGCUGUUGCAGGAUCUCGCCAGGAAACGCGACGCCCUGGCUCUGGAGCAGCGUUGCAUUAACAUCCGCAGCCGCCUCAUCCCAAUACUUUACGGCGAUGACACCCCGGUACCACUGGUCCAGCUCACCAGCUCCAGUGGGAGGAGCACCCAGCAUCUUAAGGCUCAGUAGGAUUUUGUCGUUUGAAUCGAAUCCCACUAAUCUACAAAGAAGAUUGUGUCCUUUCUAUCUCGGAUUUUCAUGAGGUGUGUGUCGUGCUGAAUCGUUUGGUAGGGGUGCAUCCGAAUGGUGUUUUUGUGAAAAAGCCUAUCAAGAUAUUUCAGGGACCCGAGUGUAUUCAGACUCACGUUUGUGUAAGGGUCAUUUUACUCUCCGUUAUCUUUUUAAUGGCUUUGUUUGGCUCCGUCGGGAUGUUUGACCAUCUGACGCCGUUCACUGCAUGGAGAUAAUAAUAAUGUGAACUUCGACCUAAGUAUGUGCUUUAAAUUUUUUUUUUAAACAGGGAAAAGGUCCAAACAGGGUAAUUUGCAAUAUUAUAAGUAUUAGAAACAGCUCUCAGUGUGAUGGUAUGCAUAAAAAGAUACUCCAAACACCAAGCAAGCACUAAUAAAUACAGUGUGCCGUGCAGCCUCAAUCAAAACUCAAGCAUGAGCGUCUCUUAAAAAUGUUUUCAUAAAACAAUUUUCAAACGCUCGUUGCAUCAAGUAAGCGUGUAUUGUAUUGUAAAUAUAGUGCAGUGUUAGUAACAAAGUCACUUAUAACAGUCAACUAUAACAAUAGAAUGCUUGGUAUUUUAUUUUUUUUAAAACAAGGUUUUCCUCUCAGGGAAUAAAUCGCACUUGUCACUCCCAAACUCUUUCGGGACAUUUACCAUGAAUUGAUUAACAUGGACCCCGACUUAAACAAGUUGAAAAACUUAUUGGGGUGUUACCAUUUAGUGGUCAAUUGUACGGAAUAAGUACUGUACUGGGCAAUCUACUACUAAAAGUUUUAAUCAAUCAAUUAAAACAUAUAUGUUGAGUAAAAAGGACCCCAGAGACAGAACGAUACAAAAUUAAGGUUUGUAUUUACUCAAGUUUUAGGAAAGCAGCCCUUAUAAUGCGUCAAUAGCAUUAGCAAGAAGAGCUCUUAAUCCAAACAAAGAGAGUCGGACAGAAAUACAGCUGUUACUUCAAAACAAAUAAGGAACUGGCCAAAACAGGUCUGUGAGCCGACAAACUCAAGACAAAACAAAGAGUUUACUAGCGGACAUAAGAACAAAAACCCAAAGCGUUCACAUGGAAAAACACUAGCGGCCUUAAACAAGACUAUGGACUGUAAAAGAACACUUAAAAAUAUUCUCAUAUGACCCAAAACAUUUCCUUGUGGAAGACCGACAUGAAAUAUUGCAACUUUUAUGACUAGGAGGGGACCCAAAACAUUUCCUUGUGGAAUUCCAAUGUUGAAUAUUACUAAUAUUACAAUUUCUGUCAGCAUACAGUCUUAGUAAAACAUAUAUAGUCACCUUACCUACAAUAACUGGAUGUUAAUAAAAAAACUGAAGUGGACCCAAAACUUUUCCUUGUGGAACGCCAUCAUGAAAUAUAAAAAUUUUAGUCAACCGUAUUAGUAUAAAUAAAAAAACUUUGGUGACUAAAAGGAGACCCAAAAUAUUUCCUUGUGGAAUUCCAAUGUUGAAUAUUACAAUUUCAGUCAGCUGAAAACCACAACAAAA